UGGACAUUCGGAUUUUUUUUAUGUUCCGUGCGGAGUUUCGGUUAAAAAGUGUCCAUCCAGCAAAUCACGAUUGUAUUUAUUACUAUUGUGUAUCAUAAUGAAAGAUAGAUACUUCGGAUAGCUCUUCAAUUUAACCGAUAAUAUCUGAAAAUUUACACUGUAUUUCAGGUCAAGGAAAUAGUUUAGAUGGUUUGACAAUCGGAUUAUUAUUAAUUUAUUAAUCGAACGAGAGCCUGGUGGAUAAACCUUUUGUCAGGACAAGGAGAAGUGUUAUGGAAGGUUUUACAUUAGAAAAUUGAUUAAUAACAAACUAAAGAAUCGGAUCGUGGAACACUAUACAAUGGAUCUUGUUUGUUGCAUACCCUUCUGCCGGAACGCAAAGCCAGGUGCUGAUCCAAACGUUGGUUUCCAUCCGUUUCCACUAGAUCCACAGCUGCGAAAAGUUUGGAUGGAAUUUGUUAGCGUUGAUGCGUCUAAGUUUCGCUGGCGGGGAAAAUAUAUCUGCUCAGAACACUUUCUACACUCGGAACUGAUCGAGGAAAAUGAGGUAAAGAAAUUGUUGGAGGGAGCUGUUCCAAUGAUAUUUGCACCGGAAGGCGACGAUGAAGAUGAUGUUUUUGAACGUGAAGAUGUUAUGGUAGCCAAUAAUUCAACAUCUUAUACCGCUCCUAGUUGCACGGAAACCAAUUUUAAUAUGAUCGAUCAAGAGAUAGAGCUACGAACUUUAUUUUGUCGUAUUUGUCUAAGGAAGCGGUCCGAAUUGUUGCCGUUCAGCUCUAAGCUACAUGAUGCUACGCUCACUGAGAUUAUCUUUACUAUUACUGGUCUGACGAUUCAAACGGAUAUAUUAGUUCCCACCAAAAUCUGCACUAGCUGUGUUACCAAGUUAGAUCUUGCAUUCAGCGUAAGAAUAGAGCUGAUUCAUAAUGACAAGAAAUUAAAAAAUUUACUUAGAGCGCAUCAGUUGGAGAAUCACUACAAAUACUAUGACAAAAACAGUUUCGAAGCUAAUAGCGAGAACGAAAACUAUCUGGACAGUUUGAUGAUGACAGUGAAGAAAGACAUGUCUGUUCGGCCGAUAAAUAUUAAUUUCAUCAAUCCUGCGCCAUCGGGAAGAGUAAUUAAGGUGGUCGACUUUGCAGACGUUAAAAAGGAACUAGUCGAUCCGAUGAAGUUGGAUAUGCAACCAACAGUGACAGAGGAGACCUUCGAAGAGGAACAUUUGGUGGAAGAACAUGGUCUUGACAGUAUAUCAGAUACGAUGUCUGAAAAAGAAACGACUGCAGAGCCUAUUCAUGUACCUCAAGUGAAAAGGUCAGAUAGUCUGGUAGAACACGAGAAUACAAUUGAUUUUUUUGAACAGCAAGAUUCGGAAGAUGAAGAAAAUGGACCGAAGAAAAAGAAGUUUGUCUUCUCGUGGAAGGAAUUGUAUACACCAAAAGCAGCACCAAAACCAAAACGUAACAUUGAACAUAAACCAAAACCAGUGCUUAUCCCUCAUACAUGUUAUAUUUGUGAAAGUUCAUACAACGACGCCGAUGAACUGGACACGCACUUGGAGGUUCACGUUGAUAUCGUUCCAUUUACAUGCAAGGAAUGUAAUACGGAUGAAUAUCCUCAGGAGUUUAAAUCGCUGUACGGCCUCAACAAGCAUCUUCAGACACAUCUUUAUCCGUACAAGUGCAACUAUUGUCCGAUUCGGUGUAUCAACGGCGAUUCCUUUGCGCAGCAUAUAGAAAGUCAUGAAGGCGCCCUGGGAGAUGGCUUUACGUGCGAUUUCUGUGGAAGGCAUUUUACAAAUAAAAAGUCUCUAUCAACGCAUCUUUCCAAGCAUCGCGCCAUGGCGGAAGGAACAUUCACCUGCGAAUAUUGCAGCAAAAAGUUCAACUGCAAUCCGUUACUUAAACGACAUCUUCGCAUUCAUACUGGUGAAAAGCCGUUUGAGUGUAAAAAGUGCGGCAAACGAUUCAACCAUGAGGCCAAUUUCCAGAACCAUAAGCGUAGACACACCGGGGAGCGGGCUCAUCAUUGCACCGAGUGUGGCAAAAGUUUUGUCUGCGGUACCACACUUCGUUAUCAUAUGGCUAAUCACUUCCCAGGCGAUCCACGAUUCAGGAAUCAGGCAAGAAGCCAGGAAUCAAAUCUAACAGAUAACUCAACCAAAAACGCCAGAACCAACCGAGACACAACAGAGAACAGAGAAUACAUAUGCGAUUUCCCAAACUGCGACUUUGUGAGUAAGGUUUACCGGGUAUAUUUCUACCAUAAGAUGAUGCAUCAGAAAAGGUUUCAAUGCGAAUUUUGCGAAAAGCGAUUCCCAUUCAGAUCGAGUCUCACUAGGCACACGAUGAUAAUGCAUGAGAACAAAGAACUUCUGAAAACCCAUCGUUGCACGUAUUGUUCGAAGAUGUUCGACUGUCGACAAAAGCUCAUAACCCAUAUCGACGCGCACGAGAACAAUCGGAGACACAAGUGUAGAUUUUGCGAAAAGAGCUUUGUGCAGAAGAAUAACUGCACCUCGCACGAAAAAAUCCACACAGGUGAACGGCCUCACGCGUGUCGGUUCUGUCCUGCUGCUUUUAUUUCGUCUUCGGGCAGAAACAAGCACGAAAAAACUCACCUGGAAGCACAUAUGAAUGAAAACGUUCCCAAAGUAUCUCUAAUCGAAAAUUUAGAAGAUCAAAUCGAACACUGCGUAGAUGUGCAGCAAGACGAACAGACGGGAGAUAUGGUGGAGUAUACUCUUUAAAAGUUAUAAAGUACAUACGAAGGUGAGUUGAGUUCACCACAGGCGAAAAUAAAAAUAAUCGAAGCGUAUGGUUCAUUCACGAGUUUUCCAUCCCAUGCUAGUUAGCCUUGAUGUACACAGUAAACCCUGAUCCCACAUUCUGUUGACGAGCAUGACCUGUUUCAAUAAAGUUAGCGUGUAGGACAAAAUAUUCAUUUAUUUGUUUGUGUCUUCACCAACAGACCCCUGGUGUGGGACCCAAUUGUGGUUACUUAUGCCGUUUUUGCGUGACUCCGAAACUAAGUCAUGUUCCCAUCCCAACCUCUGUUAGUUCAUACAUUUUAACAGCAGUAGGCUUAGAUCACACAACGUACUGAAACUGUCCAGAUGACUUUGAAGAAAUUCUUGUAUCCGUCGGAAAAUCUACAUGUCGUUGGCGUAGAGCAGUAAUUUGAUAUUGACAUCUUUGAAAUAUUCUAUUUUAACGCUUACACAGCCAGUGUUGAAAAGUAUCCUGGGAAACACUGCAGUUAUUCUGUUGUGUCAAUAUUAAUAUUUGAAGUAUAUAUUAAAACGGCCGCAAAUAUUAAAACGGCAUGGCCUACUGUGCAGAGUUGAAUUUGAAGAUGUUUCAAAAUUAGACGGCAAUUAAAUUAUUCAUUUAAUGAAUAAUUUAAUUAACGAUUUUGAAUCUUAAAGAAGAAAGAAACGAAGACAACAAAGAAAGAAGAAACGAAGACAAGAGCCCAAAGUUUCAAUGCAGGGGCCAUCGGUUACUUUUUGAGUUUUUUUCAAAUGGAUUGAUCGUUUUGUAUUUGCCACUGUUAUGUAUUGUCGAAUGACCCAGUAAUAAGCGAGUACCACAGUGUACGCAAGUAUGCGUGAGGAUACGAUGAAGUAAAUAAAUAUAUUACAGACGGUUGCUGGGCGAUCGUUCUCAGUUUAGU